AUGAAGUGCAAGCCGAACCAGACGCGGACCUACGACCCGGAGGGCUUCAAGAGGCGGGCGGCGUGCCUGUGCUUCCGGAGCGAGCGCGAGGACGAGGUGCUGUUAGUGAGUAGCAGCCGGUACCCGGACCGCUGGAUCGUGCCGGGCGGGGGCAUGGAGCCCGAGGAGGAGCCGAGCGGCGCGGCCGUCCGAGAGGUGUACGAGGAGGCGGGAGUCAAGGGGAAGUUAGGCCGGCUCCUGGGCGUCUUCGAGCAGAACCAAGAUCGCAAGCACAGGACCUACGUGUUCGUCCUGACUGUCACUGAGGUUCUGGAGGAUUGGGAAGAUUCGGUGAGCAUUGGGAGGAAGCGAGAGUGGUUCAAAAUCGAAGAUGCCAUCAAGGUCCUCCAGUGCCACAAGCCCGUGCAUGCCGAAUACCUGGAGAAACUAAAGCUGGGCGGUUCCCCCACCAAUGGAAACUCCGUGGCCAGAUUUACUUUGAAAGAAUCAAGUAUGUGAACCCAAUGAGGAAAGGAAUUGCGAAGCACGGGUGAGCUCUUUCAUACUAUCAAGAUCACAGCUCAUCCUAUGCUUUUGGACACUUCCCUGUUUAUUACAAUGACAAUUUUCCAGGUUGUUGCACUACCACUGUAUGUGUACAGACUUGUAAUUUGGCACUUAUGGCCUU